GCACUGUUUGAGGAUGGGGAGGAGUCGACCACAGCUUUCGUGGAGCCUAUUGUCAUCCUGCUCAUUCUGGUGGCCAACGCAGUCAUUGGAGUCUGGCAGGAGCGAAAUGCAGAGAGCGCCAUCGAGGCUCUAAAGGAGUACGAGCCAGAGAUGGGCAAAGUUUACCGCAUGAACCGCACGGCCGUCCAGAGGAUCAAAGCUCGAGACAUUGUGCCUGGAGAUAUCGUGGAGGUUUCUGUUGGGGAUAAAGUGCCAGCAGAUAUUAGGAUCACAUCAAUCAAAUCCACCACCCUAAGAGUGGACCAGUCCAUUCUCACAGGUGAAUCUGUGUCUAUUAUCAAACACACUGAUCCCGUGCCAGAUCCUCGAGCUGUCAAUCAAGACAAAAAGAACAUGCUGUUUUCUGGCACAAACAUCGCUGCGGGUCGAGCCAUCGGUAUUGUCAUCUCCACCGGUGUUUCCACUGAAAUCGGUAAGAUCCGUAACCAGAUGGCGUCAACUGAGCAGGAGAAAACUCCGCUGCAGCAGAAGCUAGAUGAGUUCGGUCAACAGCUCUCGAAGGUCAUCUCCCUCGUCUGCAUCGCCGUUUGGGUCAUUAACAUCGGCCAUUUCGCCGACCCGGUCCACGGCGGCUCAUGGAUCCGAGGUGCCAUCUACUACUUCAAGAUAGCUGUGGCCUUGGCAGUGGCUGCUAUCCCGGAGGGUCUUCCAGCUGUCAUCACCACCUGCCUGGCACUGGGAACCCGUCGUAUGGCCAAGAAAAACGCCAUUGUCCGUUCACUGCCCUCGGUGGAGACGCUGGGAUGCACCUCCGUUAUCUGCUCUGACAAGACUGGGACCUUGACGACCAACCAGAUGUCUGUCUGCAGGAUGUUUGUGGUUAAUAAGGCUGAUGACACCAGCUGCUCCCUGCAUGAGUUCACCAUCACCGGCUCAACCUAUGCUCCGGAGGGACAAGUGCUGAAAGCUGACAAGCCUGUGCAGUGUGGAGAUUAUGAUGGUCUAGUGGAACUGGCUACUGUCUGCUCCCUGUGCAACGACUCUUCACUGGACUAUAAUGAGGCUAAAGGGGUGUACGAGAAAGUGGGCGAGGCCACGGAAACUGCGCUCACAACGCUGGUUGAGAAGAUGAACGUGUUUAAAACGGAUCUCUCUGGACUUAGCAAAGUGGACCGAGCUGCAGCUUGUAACUUGAUUAUCAGAAAACUCAUGCAGAAAAAAUUCACGCUGGAGUUUUCCAGAGACAGGAAGUCCAUGUCUGUGUACUGCACUCCCAAUGGCUCAAACUCUCAAAGCAAGAUGUUUGUCAAGGGUGCUCCAGAGAGCGUGAUUGACCGUUGUCAAUUUGUGCGUGUUGGUAAAGACCGUGUCCCGUUGACCAUGACUGUGAAGGAGGAGCUGAUGAACACUAUUAGAGACUGGGGGUCAGGCAGAGACACACUGCGCUGCUUGGCUUUGGCCACACGAGACGCUCCUCCUUCUGAUGACAAAAUGGACCUGGAAAACGCUGUCAAGUUCUCAGAGUAUGAGUCAAAUCUCACCUUCGUUGGCUGUGUGGGGAUGUUGGAUCCGCCCAGAAAGGAGGUGAUUGGCGCAGUGAAGCUGUGCAGUAAGGCCGGUAUACGUGUCAUCAUGAUCACCGGGGACAACAAGGGCACCGCCGUGGCCAUUUGCAGACGCAUCGGCAUUUUCAAAGAGGAUGAAGACGUGGAAGGAAGGGCCUACACGGGUAGAGAGUUCGAUGACCUGACUCUAGAGGCCCAGCGAGAGGCUGUGAAAAGGGCACGGUGCUUCGCCCGUGUCGAGCCUGCACACAAGACAAAGAUUGUUGCUUAUCUACAGUCCUUUGAUGAGAUCACAGCGAUGACUGGAGAUGGCGUGAAUGAUGCCCCUGCCUUAAAAAAGGCUGAAAUUGGCAUCGCCAUGGGCUCAGGCACCGCUGUAGCCAAGUCAGCCUCCGAGAUGGUGCUCUCUGAUGAUAACUUCUCCACCAUCGUGGCCGCAGUGGAGGAGGGACGAGCCAUCUACAACAACAUGAAGCAGUUUAUCCGUUACCUCAUCUCCUCCAACGUGGGAGAGGUGGUGUGUAUUUUCCUGACAGCCAUCCUUGGCCUGCCUGAGGCUUUGAUCCCUGUCCAGCUGUUGUGGGUGAACCUGGUAACGGAUGGUCUGCCGGCCACUGCCCUGGGCUUCAAUCCCCCUGACCUGGACAUCAUGGACAAGCCCCCCCGAAAUCCUAAGGAGCCUCUUAUCUCCGGCUGGCUCUUCUUCAGAUACCUGGCCAUCGGAGGAUAUGUGGGUCUAGGCACUGUCAGUGCUGCUACCUGGUGGUAUUUGUAUGAUGAGGAAGGGCCACAGGUGUCCUUUUAUCAGCUGCGGCACUUCAUGCAGUGUACAGAAGACAACCCCAUGUUUGAGGGCAUUAACUGUGAGGUCUUUGAGUCACGUUACCCCACCACCAUGGCUCUCUCUGUGCUUGUUACCAUAGAGAUGUUCAACUCUCUUAACAGCCUGUCCGAGAAUCAGUCUCUGCUGAGGAUGCCACCCUGGGUGAAUAUAUGGCUGCUGGGAGCCAUAAUCCUUUCCUUGUCUCUACACUUCCUCAUCCUGUAUGUGGAGCCUCUACCGCUGAUCUUCCAGGUAACUCCACUGCAUUAUUCCCAAUGGAUUGUAGUCCUCAAGAUCUCAAUUCCUGUUAUCCUAUUGGAUGAGGCACUCAAGUAUAUCUCCCGCCACCACUUAGAAGUUUAACUUUCUCCUCUCAUCUUUAAAAAGGUGAAGAGGAGGAAAGGUACAGGAAGAGUCGGCAGCUGAAAUUCUAGGACAACUUCCUCCAGACACACAUGAACACACGCACCCACCUGCCUAUUUCCUCUGAUCUUUUAAGACUGCACCCCAUGCGCACACAUUCACACACACGUCAUCAGACUCCUCAUCAUCAGUCCUCCCGUGUUUCCGCUGCAUGUCCAGCCACCACUAAAACAAGCAGGGCUUGUAGUUUAUUACUGUGUGUGUGUGUGUGUGUGUGUGUGUGUGUGUGUGUGUGUGUGUGUAAGAGAGCGAGACAUUAAGUCUGUGUGUGUGUGUGUGUGUGCUAGCAUGUGCAUGGGCCUAAUUCAAUCAUGUCGGUUGUGUGACUGUUUGUUGUCUUUAUCUUGCUUUUUAGCUUUCAACACACAUUCUGUACAUAGUAUGGCAGUUACUGGUGCACUUGAGGGAGAAGGGGGUUUGAGGUUAAGCAUUUGGGUAUUACGGGUUAAAUUCACAGGGGGACGAUGAAUCAUCAUUUGGCCAUAGAAAAACAUGUCACUAUAAACAAUGUAAAGAGAUGGAAAUUGAAAAAGAGAGGAUGAAGUUGGCACCAUGGGCGUCUUUUAACGUGUGAAUGUUUGUUUGGACAGAAUGACCAGUUUCUUUAAGUGCUCAACUCCAGUUUCUCUUUUUCUCUCUCCUUUCUCUCUUCUUUACAUACGGGGUUGCCACCUUCAGGGCUGAGAGGUCCUUCUCUUAGCUAUACAUUUCCUUUUAGAUAACUGUUUACACAAGGCUAAACCUGGCAGCAGAUUUUUUUUAUUGCACUUGAAUGUGUAAUAAUAGGCCCAGGAAUUAAUUUUAGCUGUAAAACUUUUUUCUUAUUAUUUUCAUAU